AGCCGCCAGGUUACAUAACGGGUCCCGCGGCGCGCUCUCGCGAGGUUUCCACCGCCCCCGCCUCGGUCCACGUCAGAGGGAACCGGGCGGAGCGGCCAACAUGGCGGAACGCAGGCGACACAAGAAGCGGAUUCAGGAAGUUGGUGAACCAUCUAAAGAAGAGAAGGCUGUAGCCAAGUUUCUUCGAUUCAACUGUCCAACAAAGUCCACCAAUAUGAUGGGUCACCGGGUUGAUUAUUUUAUUGCUUCAAAAGCAGUGGAUUGCCUCUUGGAUUCAAAGUGGGCAAAGGCCAAGAAAGGAGAGGAAGCUUUAUUUACAACAAGGGAGUCUGUGGUUGACUACUGCAACAGGCUUUUAAAGAAGCAGUUUUUUCAUCGGGCACUAAAAGUAAUGAAAAUGAAGUAUGAGAAAGACAUAAAAAAAGAAAAAGAGAAAGGAAAAGCUGAAAGUGGAAAAGAAGAAGAUAAAAAGAGCAAGAAAGAAAAUCUAAAGGAUGAAAAGACAAAAAAGGAAAAAGAAAAAAAAAAAGAUGGUGAAAAGGAAGAAUCCAAAAAGGAGGAAACUCCUGGAACUCCCAAAAAGAAGGAAACCAAGAAAAAAUUCAAGCUUGAGCCCCAUGAUGAUCAAGUUUUUCUGGAUGGAAAUGAGGUAUUUGUGUGGAUCUAUGACCCAGUUCACUUUAAAACAUUUGUCAUGGGAUUAAUUCUUGUGAUUGCAGUGAUAGCAGCCACCCUCUUCCCUCUUUGGCCAGCAGAAAUGAGAGUAGGUGUUUAUUACCUCAGUGUGGGUGCAGGCUGUUUUGUAGCCAGCAUUCUUCUCCUUGCUGUUGCUCGUUGCAUUCUGUUUCUCAUCAUUUGGCUCAUAACUGGAGGAAGGCACCACUUUUGGUUCUUGCCAAAUCUGACUGCUGACGUGGGCUUCAUUGACUCCUUCAGACCUCUGUACACACAUGAAUACAAAGGACCAAAAGCAGACUUAAAGAAAGAUGAGAAAUCUGAAACCAAAAAGCAACAGAAGUCCGACAGUGAGGAAAAGUCAGACAGUGAGAAAAAGGAAGAUGAGGAGGGGAAAGUAGGACCAGGAAAUCAUGGAACAGAAGGCUCAGGUGGAGAACGGCAUUCAGACACAGACAGUGACAGGAGGGAAGAUGACCGAUCCCAACACAGUAGUGGAAACGGGAAUGAUUUCGAAAUGAUCACAAAAGAGGAACUGGAACAGCAAACAGAUGGGGAUUGUGAAGAGGAGGAGGAAGAAGACAAUGAUGGAGAAACAACUAAAUCUUCACAUGAAAAAUCAUAAUUGACUAAUUUGGGGACUAAAUAUGUGCAAGAGGUUGGAUUUUCUAUGUUGGCUGAUCAUCAUAAUGUACACAUGACAUUUGUAGCAUUCUUUAAAUCCAUUUACUGAAAUGGAUUUGACAUCUAAGCAGUUAUAUUCAGUCCUUCAUUUCAUAUAAUACUAUUAUUGGUACAGUCUAAAGCCAUUUAUAAAUUUUAUCUAUUUGAUAAUUUUACAGUAAAUAGGUCUCAUUUAUUUUGACAAUUAUCAAAGAUGCACUUUCCACAAUGACAUUUAGAUUAAUGGCAUUUUUGAUAGUUGUAUGGCUUUUUACUGUUAGGCUAAUCAGAAUAACUAAAAGGGAUAAAAAUAAACACCAGUAUUUCAGAUUAAGCAUAGUUUUGUAGCCAUUUCACAGUUUCUUUGAGAUGAAAUGCUUAAACUUAUUGUUCUUAUUAGUUUAGCUUUUGUUGAUUAUUAAAUUAUACCAGAAAACUUCUAAGAUUCUAAUUUAGCAGGGUUCAAAAACAUUUUGUGGAAACAAGCCAACUAGUAAUAAUGCAGCAACACUUUUAGUUUAGCUACAAAUUCUCCUUUUCCAACUUAGGAAAUCCAAACUGAUUUGUACGCCUGAUUCAGAGUAAGAUGGUCAUCUCCAACAGAGGGAGCAAGCAGAAUUGGCUGGAAGGUGAUGGUUCUUCCCAUUUCCUUGUCGUAAAGUAAAAUGUAUUCUGUACAUAAUUUACAAAUAAACAUUUUAUUUUAAUUGUUACUUAUUAUUUAGACAUUUUCUCAACACUUAAAUUUGUACCAUUUAAGGGUAUGUUUUUAGAGAGAUGGAAGUUUCAAUAACCCACAGAGCAUCUGUGAUCUUUCUACAGCAGCUUCAGUUUUGUGCCAACAUUCCAUGUAUUUGAAUAUGAGUUGAAACGAUCUUUAUUAAAUAAGAGCAGACUUAAAGUAGCUGUUUGUACACCUUAAUGUUCAUUUUGAUUUAUCUUAAGUCUCUACAUUCAGAAAUGGGGUACUAUAUUAUCAGACCAGGAGAACUGCUAUGAAAGAUAAUUUACUGUUCUAAAAUAUCAAUUAAAAAUAAAGAGCAUAAAAGAAAACAUAA